CCACUCAACUCAAUAUCCCCUCCAACUUUGAAUUCUUUCAAGAAUUUGAAAUUCCCUUCCGCCGUCUUAACAAAUUAUCUUGUUUCACUAAAAUAUCAAAAUUAAUGGCAUCACCACAAGAGAAUUGCACUACACUUGAUUUAAUUAGGCAACAUCUUCUUGAUGAUAAUGUUUUCAUGGAACAUUAUUGUCCCCAACCAAUCCUUUAUUCUCAAAGCUCCUCCUCUUCUGAAUCUUUAAACUCCAUUGCUUCUGAGCUCAAUAACGAGACUUUUUCCUUUGAACCAACUCUCAAGUAUGCCGACACAGCCCAAAGUUCCAAUCUUGAUAUCUCAAGCUUCUUUAACAAUUCAAAAACAGAGUUUGAUAGCUUCGAGUUUGAGACAAAACCAAAUGUGUCCGCUGCUCGUAUUAGUUCAAAUUCUCCGAAGCAAACGAGCUUCAAAGAACGCAAGCCUUCUCUUAACAUUGCGAUACCAAUGAAGCAGCAGGAGGUUGUUCAGAAAGUGGAAGUAGUUCCAACCGAGAAGAAGCAUUACAGGGGUGUUAGGCAACGGCCAUGGGGCAAGUUCGCAGCAGAAAUUCGUGACCCGAACCGAAAGGGGACUCGGGUGUGGCUAGGAACCUUUGACACUGCUAUAGAGGCGGCUAAGGCAUAUGACAGGGCGGCGUUUAAACUUAGAGGAAGUAAAGCAAUAGUGAAUUUCCCUCUCGAAGUUGCAAACUUUAAGCAACAAGAUAAUGAGAUUCUACAGCCGGCCAACUCAGGCCGGAAAAGGAUGAGAGAGACGGAGAAUGAGGAAAUAGUGAUCAAGAAGGAAGUAAAAAGAGAAGAAAGAGUCCCGGCGGCGGCAGCUCCAUUAACGCCAUCAAGUUGGUCGGCGAUUUGGGAGGGUGAAGAUGGAAAGGGUAUUUUUGAGGUGCCGCCAUUAUCACCAUUAUCUCCACAUAUGGCGUAUUCUCAGCUUGUCAUGAUAUAAUCAAUAGUGGAUAAGGAGUCUAUAAUUUGGGAUGUUAGUAUUUGGAUAUAAAUAUGCACCUGACUGUGAAGAAAGUCUGAGGUGAAAUCAAGAAUUAAGAUUAAGAUUCAAUAGAAGAUGUAGAACAGUAGAAUAGGCCAGGGAUGUGUCUUUGGGUCUUUAAUCUUUUCCGAUUUUAUUGAUUUAGCGUUAUUUCAUGUAAAUACGCUGUGAGUUUAACAAUUUGUUCGAUUCAUUUUGUGAAGUAAUUCAAUUUAAAGCCAGGUAGGAAGACUUACAAAUUUCUA